AUGAUGAGUGCUAGCUCGGAGAACCCGCCCGACUGCUUGAUGUGGAGCGAGGCUCUUGCUGCAAAGUACGACGGGAUCGGGGAGUUCGGCAAGGACAAGUGGGACGCUCUGCUCGGUCACUGCCAGGCCGUGACCGAUUGGCCCGCUGCUUCGUUCGCACCCGAGUUGGUCGAAGCUUAUCCAGAGGCCAAGGUCAUCCUCACGACCCGUGAUGCGGACAGCUGGUUCGAGUCCACGAGGGUGACGGUGAACCACCGCGCCAACGACCGUUUCCUCUGGCUCCUGUCCCACUUUGACUGGGCGUCGUCCAUGUACUACCCGAUGCUGCGCAGGUACUGGGACGCGGUGUUCAAGAAGGAUUUCGAGAAGCACGGGAAAGAGGUCUUUCUGGAACACAACGACCACGUCCGCCGCCUCGUCCCACCCGACAGAUUGCUUGAAUACAGGGUCGGCGAGGGGUGGGAACCGUUGUGCAAGUUCCUGGGAUGCCCCGUCCCUUCGACCCCGUUCCCCCGCGACAACUCGGGAAACUCGUUCGUCCGGCGCACCGGGCGGAGAAACCGGUUGCAGCUGUGUAACGUGUUGUUCCGUUGGGGCUCUUGGUUGCUAGGCGGCUGGUGCUUGCUCGUUAUCGGGAAAAGUCUCCUUAGAGUUUCAUAG